AUGGCACCUCUCCUAUCCUCCUCUCGUCGCUCUCGCAGACUAGACGAUACCGAAGCCACGCCCGCACCUACUGUCGCAACUUCUUCUCGCAACCGACCACAAACUCCCGACUACGAGCCCCUCGCCACUCCCUUGAAUGCCAAAGCACAACGCGCGCUCGCAUCGCUACAUUCUGCGACACAUUUCAGGCAACUCAAAGAACAUAUCCGCCAGGCGGGGGACAAGUUAACCGAGACAGCGGGCGAGGCUAAUGAGCGUAUGUCGGAUGCAAGGCACAGGUUUGAGAAUAUGACGAGUCGGAAGAGGGCUGCUUCUGCGGCGGCAAAGAAGAAGAGUAAGAAGAAUAAGGCUGAGGGGGAUGAGAUAGAAGAUGAUGACGACGACGACAAUGAUGAAAAUGAGGACGAAGAGGACGACGAAGAAGACGAGGAAGGGGAGGAGGAAGACGACGAAAAAAGAAGAGCAGAAAUGCAAAGACUGGAUAAUCUCGAAGCGAAAGUGAAAUCGACUACGUCACAACUCGAGGAGAGAAUGCGCAGUGUUGUGGAUGCAGAGCAUAAAGUGAGUGGGUUACAGGUUGCGAUUCAGGAGAUCGCUACGGAUGCGGAGACAGCUGGAGCGGCGCUUAGUACGUCGCGGAGGAGAGCGAGGUUGAGGGAGAGGGGUGCCGCUGUUGAUGCUGAUGGUGAUGAAGAUAUGGAUGAGAAUGAGGAUGAUGAAGAGGAAGAAGAUGCGGCGCCGACUGUCGUGCCGACUCAGAUUAUCAAGGAGAGACUUACCGGACACGAGAGUCAAUGGGAGCAACAAUCCUUGACUCAGAGAUACACUACUAACAACACCUAUAUUGGUUUCUACCGCAUCGUCCACGAAGCCAAAUACCCAACUGGCGAAGUACCACCAGUCCCCCCAGCAUCAACAUGGUUCAACCACCUCGAACCGAACAGCAGGAGAACGGCAAAAUCCCGUCAACAAUCCGCUACUACAACCUCCAACAACCCCUCACAAGACAUAGAUGAAGACGAGGAAGACGCCGACAUCGAAAUCGAGCGAGAACGCAUCUCGCUCAAAUGCCCCCUAACGCUAGUCGUGUUCGAAGAUCCCGUGAAAAGCACCAAAUGUAUACACAGUUUUGAGCGUAAGGCAAUUGAGGAUAUGAUCCGAGCUAGUUCUAUGACGAUACCGGCCGGUGAGAAUGAUUUUCAAGCUGGUGGGGGACGGAAUGCACGUGCUCGUCGGGUUAGGGCUGUACCUUGUCCGAUAUGUUCGGUGCCCAUGUCGCUAAAUGAUCUGGAGCCGAAUUUGGUGCUAGUCAGACGCGUGCGGAGGAUGCGUGCGGAGGAACUCAGAGAGCAGGAAGAGGCUGAGCUUGGUGGUGGACGUCAGGGUCGAAAUGAGGUUACAAUUGAUUCUGAUGGUGAAGAUGACAAUGACGAUGACGAGGCUGAUGCUCAUGAAAGGCGGCAGCAGAGGGAUGAAGAGGCACGGAUUAAGAGGGAGAAGUCGAGGUUGUCGUCUAGGGCGCCGACGGUUGCGAGGGAGUAUGAGGAUGAGAAUGAGGAAAUGAGGAAUGUCAAUGAGGACGAUGACGACGAUGAAGAUGCUGAGGUAUCAGAAGAGGAUGAAGAUGAUGAUUAA